ACACUCCCCGAUUGGUAGCUUUUGCUUCCCCGUUUUCUGCCUUCUCUUGGCUUUCCCUUCCCCUCCCCUCUACUUUUAAGCCCACGUGAUGGGGGCGAGUCACGCGAUUUCCGGGAACCCGUCAGGAAGGGACAUAAACAAAACAAACCCCAGAGCGGCAUGGAGGGACCGGGCCAGGGCUACAGCCUCAGCAGGAGAAGGCCCCCGAUCUGAGACACCCGCCAUCCCCCCGUUGAGCCGGGGCGUCAGAAAGUCCCCAGAGAAAGAGAGAUCCAUGUAGUCAAAGUGAAGCUUUUUCAAGAAAAAAAUCACAUUGCAUGAGUUGUAUGCUUCCUACUGACCCUGAAGAAAAGCUGGAACAAAAGUUACAAACAAAGAAAACACAAAGUUUGGAAUUGGAAUUGGAGGGUCUGGGCCUGGAAAUGCCUCAGCCUAGUGUGAGUGGAAUGGACCCUCCUUUUGGAGAAGCCUUUCGAAACCACAUGUUUCCAGAACAGACUUUGAUGAGCACAGAUCUCUUGGCUAACAGUUCUGAUCCAGAUUUCAUGUAUGAAUUGGACCGAGAAAUGGAAUAUCAGCAGAGCUCCAGAGACAACCCCCUUUCUAUAGAGGACUGUAAAGAUAUUGAGAACCUGGAGUCCUUUACAGAUAUUCUGGAUACUGAAUCAUCUUUUCCUGCAAACUGGGAGCAGUGGGAUACUUACUGUGAAGACUUGACAAAGUAUACCAAACUAACGAGCUGUGACAUCUGGGGAACAAAAGAGGUGGAUUAUUUGGGCCUUGAUGAUUUUUCAAGCCCAUACCAGGAUGAAGAGGUGAUCAGUAAAACUCCCACUCUGGCUCAGCUCAACAGUGAGGAUUCGCAGUCUGUUGCGGAUCCACUGUGUUAUCCAGAUUUGCUGUUCAGUGUAAAACAAACCCAGUUAACUUCUCUGCCAGCAAAGAAAAUCACAACCAGAGCAGCAGCUCCAGUUUGUUCAUCCAAGACCCCUCAGGCUGAGACACCCUUAUCAGAAUGCGCCCAAAAAGCAGCCAAGUCCAAUUCAAGCACACAAAUCAUGGUGAAAACCAAUGUGUAUAGUAAUGAAAAGGUGAACAUUCAUGUUGAAUGUAAAGAUUAUGUUAAAAAGGCAAAAGUAAAGAUCAAUCCAGUGCCCCAGAGCAGGUCUGCAGUGAACCAGGCAAAUGCUGAUGCUGCAAAAGAAAACACCUGCUACUGUGGAGCUGUCGCAAAGAAACAAGAGCGGAAAGGGAGUGACUCCCUUCCAAGUCACAAUGCUCCUGUGUUGCCUUUUAAAGAGACUCAGGCUCUGCUUCUCACUCCACCCCAGGAAACUCCAGUUCUAAUUACUGAGGAGAGCAGCCUCUCUGCCAGCACUUCUGUUUCAGAUCCUUCGCAGAAAAAGGAAGAACAUAAUUAUUCACUCUUUGUCACGGAUGGUUUGGGUGAGCAGGCAGGCAAAGCUGAUCUGGAGGAGGAGGAGGAGGAGGAGGAUGACGAAGAAGUGGAAGAUGAAGAUCAUGAUGAAGGCUUUGGAAGUGAGCACGAACUGUCUGAAAAUGAUGAAGAGGAGGAAGAUUAUGAGGAUGACAAGGAUGAUGACAUCAGUGAUACUUUUUCUGAACCAGGAUAUGAAAAUGAUUCUGUAGAGGACUUGAAAGAAAUGACUGCAAUAUCUUGUCGGAAAAGGGGCAAGCGAAGAUACUUCUGGGAAUAUAGCGAACAAUUGACACCCUCUCAGCAAGAGAGAAUGUUGAGGCCGUCUGAGUGGAACCGAGAUACAUUACCAAGUAACAUGUAUCAGAAGAAUGGAUUACAUCAUGGGAAAUAUGCUGUUAAGAAAUCACGGAGAACUGAUGUAGAAGACCUGACUCCUAACCCUAAGAAACUACUACAGAUUGGGAAUGAACUGAGGAAGCUAAAUAAAGUGAUCAGUGACUUGACCCCAGUCAGCGAACUUCCCUUAACAGCCAGACCAAGGUCAAGAAAGGAAAAAAACAAGCUAGCUUCCAGGGCAUGCCGACUAAAAAAGAAAGCUCAGUAUGAAGCCAACAAAGUAAAACUGUGGGGUCUCAACACAGAAUAUGAUAACUUGUUGUUUGUGAUUAACUCUAUCAAACAAGAAAUUGUGAACAGAGUGCAGAGUCCUAGAGAUGACAGAGGAACUAAUAUGGAACAGAAACUUGAUGUACUUAUUAAAGAUACUCUUGGGCCACCUGUAGCUGGGCAGACAUCAGAAUUUGUGAACCAGGUUUUAGAAAAAACAGCAGAAGGAGAUCCUACAGGAGGCCUCGUAGGGCUGCGAAUACCAACAUCAAAAGUUUAGCAGACAUCACUUUAUCCAUUCACAUUGGUUAGAGCUCUGCCUGUGUCAUGUACUACAUUGUAAAAUUAAUUCUGGUCUGCAUGUGAGUUUAGCAUAUAUAAAACACAGUUUAAGUUCCAUCUUUUUUUCCUUUUUAUAACAAUGUAGUAAGAUAAGUGAAAGCAUGAUAUAAAAUGCUUAAUGGCAUUUUGGAGCAUAAACCUUGUAGUUUUGAAUCUGCUUCUGGCAUAAAUGUGGUGGCUACAUAUUCAUUUUAAAAUUAAGUUUAACUAGGACCAGAUUAUAUAACUUAUGUAGGAGCGAAACACAUUUUUGCAAAUAAAAAAAUCUAGCAAAAUGCCAAACAUUAUGGCAGGUUUAUGCUCUAAGUAAAAUAAAAAUUCAAAUAAGAGUGGGUUGUUUUUUUUGUUUUGGGGUGUUUUUUUUAGAAUGAUUGCUCUUUUGUUCUAAAUUAAACAGUAAGUUUUCUUUGCAACCAUAACUUGUACAUAGCACAUCUGGCAAUAAAGCUAGUGUGCCAUAUAAAAAAAUUUAAUUUUCUGAGCUCGAUACGGUAUUUAAAUGUCUGUGCAAGUAAGAAGAAAAAAUGUAUACUCUUUGUGCCUUGUAUUGAGGGGGGGAGGGAGGGGGGGUGGGGAGAAAUGUAACUAGAAGCUGGUAAAGACUUUGUAUGAUGAGAAACCCUUGUAGGGGAGAAGAUGUAUAGAUGAUCUCAUGGUUUUUAUGUAUUUGUUCCAGCUCUUACAAAUUUUUGAAUGUAUAUAGGAAUAUGUUGAAAAUGUAGAUAUGCCACAGAGUCUAUGUAUUGUAUAAAAGAUGGCUCUAGAAUACUCAUUUUCGGUACUUGGCCGGAAGAAAACAAAUACUUGCACAUUAAUGCGAUUGUUUAUUUUUGUACCAAAGACAAAUGCAAUUGAUAUGGCAAACUGCCAGUUAAGUAAAGUUUUGCACAGCUUACAAGAUACUGUACUGAAUGUAUAAAAAGAAAAAAAAUUAAAGGUCAGGGUUAGGGAUCUUACUGAACUGUGAAUUUCUUUCUCUUUGGGUCCAAUUAUCUACAGAAGGAGCAUUCAUACAUAACUUUUAUUUUGCUGUUCCUCUAGUUCGCUUCGUAGUAGAUAAGUUGGCCAUCUAGAAGUCUGUAAAUCCUUUUUUUUUCUGCACUUGUAGUAGAAAUUUUAAUAUAUUUGGGUUUUAGUAAGCUAUUGGUAAAAUAGAUUUCAACUUUGGGAAUUAAAAAAAAUUAGCUUGUAGUAUACUUCCACCAAACCAAAAUAAAAUUAUUUUUAUUGUAAUGUGUAUAUAUGUAAAGAGAGAAGAGCUACAAAUAUCUAAUUCCUUAGUUGCCACUUUUCCAGUUGUAUUAUUGUGCAUGUGAUGUUUCCAAGGAUCAACACAGGCUAAAAAAAAAGAAUUUAUAGAUUUUAUAUUUUUGUACAGAUAUUUCAACUAGCUUCUUCAAACUUCUAUGUGACUUGUUAACUUGUAGUUUCUAUGAUUGGGGGGAAUACAAAUUUGUGUGCAGUUCUGCUCAUGAGAAUCUGCUUUUAGUCAGUGUUAAAGUUCCAAUGAAAAGCUUUAUCUCUUGAUGAGAGAGUUGUUUAUGUCAAGACAGGAUCAUUAUCUGGUUUCACGAAUGCUUUUCGUCCCCUUUUGUUUUAUAUUUAGAUGAUUGCAUAACACUGUUUACUAAAAAUACCAAAUAAUUCAGGUGUAGCUCCAAGCAAAAAGCUCAUGAUGGUUUCCUCCCAUAUUCUUUCCAAAUUUUAUAGUGCAAUAACUUGCAUUUAAGGGGAGGUUAGAAAUUUGCUACAUCACUGUAGUAUGUAUGCGAUAUAUUCUUUUUUCUUAACAAAUUUGAAAAGUUGGGGAAGGCCCAUUAUACCACUACAGAGUUGUACUACCCAAAGCCUUUUCUCCCACACUCUCUGCACUGCUUUUUACUGAUGCCUACCUUUUAGAAAAACUUAAAAGUAUUUGCAAAAACUUCAGCAGAAACAUGCAUGUCAUGAUGGAGCAAAGAUUUUUGUUUUAAAUGUAAUGGAAGUGUCUGCAAGCCUGAAAUUAGUGCUUGGCAUAUCAGAGAUUUAUUUGACAAAACACUCUGGUUGUUGAGCUGUCUCUUCCGAGUAUUUUUUUUCAUCCACCUAUGAAACACCACUUUGAAAUGGUGUUUAGUUUCAUUGGUGAAUGGCAUUUAAAUACUGUUCAUGCUCUAAGAUUCUAACACUGGAUCAGAAGAGCAUAGAUGGGAUCUAUUCUGCAACAUGAUACAGCCAUUUUGCAGUCGGGACUUGUGUGGCAAGCUAAACUGACAAUAAGAUAUUAUAUCCCCAUUGUUAAAAGCUCAGACGUCUCAGAGCUGAUAUUGCUUUUGCAGCUUUUUUUUUUGUGCAUGUCUGAAAACCAGAAUAUGAUUUUGGUCUAGCAUUGAAAAAAAAGUUGAAUCUUUUUAGUGGAUUCCAUACCCUUGCAUUUCAGUGUUUUCUAUGUAUUAAGUUAUAGUCAAAAAGCGUUUAAAUAGUUGAGCUUUUUAAUGGUGACACUUUAUUUUGUAUCUAUUUAUAUAUGUAUGUAUAUCUUAGAAAAGCACUUUGUUUAAAAAGGAAAAAAAAGAUAUUGCAUUUUAUAUGAUUCCUGCCAUUUGCUGCUAACUCUGGGCUGGUCAGAAUGCUGCAGCGAUACUUGAUCUAAAUAAAACCUGGCAGUAAAAUGUAGAGUAAAGUUAAGACCUUUGCUGGUUUAACCUUAUUGUAAAGAUGACAUAGGCAAGCUGUGCAGCUUUACAUUUUAACCAGGGGACUCUGUGGCAUUUAAAACAGUCUAGAAAUGGUUGUACUUUUAAUGCCAGUAACAAUCUGCUUCCUCUAGUGUCAUUAAAUAUACGUUUAGUGUAUACUUAUCACAAAGAUUUAAAAAAACCAAAUGUUCAUGUUUUGUUUGGGGAAAUUGUGGCAUGCAUUUUUGGAUGAUUAUCUUUAGAGGAGCUUUCUAAAGGUUUUCAGUGUUCAUACACGGUAUGUGCAUCUUAUUGAAGUCUUGGGUCACUUUUUGAGUGUAGGCAUUGUGAAUAUUCUAAUGUCGUCCAAAAGCAAUUAUACUUUUUUUUAAAAAAAAUAAUAAUCUAAAACUCUCAUACACUGGAUUCUUUAGAGUUUGUUUCCAUAUUAAAGCAUGCUCUUGCUAAACAUUUGUCAGUCUGAAAUUGAGUGCCACACUUCUGUUUUUGAAUGGAUAUGAACUACUUAUUCUGUACCAUGUAUGGUCCUUUACCCAUUUUCUCCAUUGACAGAUUAUGAUGUGGCUUUAUAUUGUGCCUUACUUGUAUAGUAGAACGAAGUUUAUUUUUCAUUCCCCAGGACUCCUUAAACCCUUGAACCCUUUUGGAAGCAAACUACAAUAAAAGCAUCAUGAAGGAACUUCAAAUAGAUCUGAUUUAAAGUUGUAUUGAUAGUUUGUACUAGCAUAGGGUGACCAAUUUUUCAGUGGUCUUGGAAGAUAGGAUUUUUUAUAGUAAUUCCACUACAUCUCUUUGCAAAAGCUUCUCUGCCUGCCUUGAAUUUAUCAAGCACAUCUUGAUAUUUAACUUUCUGGGGCUCAUUAGUACUAGUCUUCUGGCUAGUUAAGGACUGGCUCUUUCCACUCUGCUCUGGCGUCAAAGUAACACUGUUGUAGGAAUUGGGCACAGAUAUACUAAGUUCACUAGUUUGGUCAGUAAUUUAUUUUUAAACUUAGACUGAGGUGUCUUGGGAAAGAGCAAAAUUUCUAUAAUUAAAGGAAUCUUGAAUAAUCUUAAAGCAACAGACAUUUCUCAAAUACCGUACUGUCAGUUUGAGUUUCACUUAAGUCUAUACCAUUUUCUGAUGUUUGCCUUUUAUUAAUAAAUCUGCUUGUUUAUUCACAAUGUCAGUAGCUGAUGUAUUGUUCUUCUUCUGUAGGUCGUUUUAAAUAUGGCUAGCUUACAAAAUGGUAAUAGCCUCCUACCUGUUUGAUGGGUUGUAUUACAAGUUGCCUUCAGCAGAAAUAACAUAGCCAGUCUGUUCUUUGACUUAUUUAGCAGUCUUCCUGGAAUUCUGUUGAGGCACCAUCAGAAAUACGUAAUACAGAAGUUCAGGCCUUACGACCUGAAUUUCACAUGUCUAAUUGUGAUUUCCUUUUUGAAGGUAAGGCUUUAGCUGCAGAAUCUUCUAACUUAGUAUGCUACCAGAUGGAAGCUUACAUUUCAAGUAGCUGACUUCUGCACAGAAGUGCAGGUUCUUUUUAUUUUUUACCUGAGGGAUUGUGCAAAGUACAUUGCAAUCAGUUACUAAUCUAAUAGCUGAUUCUUUCCUUUUUUAAAAAAACAGAAAAAUGCAUUUAAGGGCAUUACCACAUUGAGACAACACUUACACAUUUUCUGAUAUAAAUGGGGAUGCUUUGUCAACAUGCAAAAAUGGCACUUUAGCAUAAACUUCCUUCACAGCAUUCUAAACUUGAUUGGGUCUCAUUGAUAUGAGUGGUUUUAGUCUCUUUAUUUUUCCCUAAUUGAUCUGGUGUGGUAGGUGUUUGUGCAAUGCUGUGCUCAGCCUCUUAAGAUGUUCAUGAACUUCCACAAAAGUAUAUUCUUCAUGCACUUUUCUCCCUGAUUCUGAACAUGCUUAAUUGGAAGCAAACCCCAUUUAAUCUGUUAAAUUUACUUCCAUGUUAAAUAUAUUUAGGAUCAUAGCCUUGGUCUUUCUGGAAAGCAGAAGAACUUAAGCCAAAACUAGAAUUAGCUAAAGAAAACUGAGAACAAAAGAAUUGCCUUCUGUUAUCGGGUCAAGUGUUCUUCUAGUCCAGCAUGUUCUUCAGGAGCUAUCCAGAUGCUUCUGGGAAGUUCACAAUGGGGAGGUGUGACUAUGAUGGCUAUUUCCUGUUGUUGCUUUCCACAGUAUCUGGUAUACUACCUCUGAACAUGGAUGUUCCAGUUAACUGUCAGGCGAAUUGCCAUUGUUGAUAAAUGUUGGCUUUCAACCUUAAAUGCCAUGCCUUUUUAAACAUAAAGUGUUUGUAAUGGACUGGCUAUACAAGGUUUAAUUAUGCUUCUGUUUAACUUUACAUAGCAUCAACUAGUCACAUCUAGAUAUGAAAAGCUUAAAUGAUACUCAGAACCAGUUUGGACUUUAAGAAUGAUGACAUUGCCUUUCCCAGUAGUUUUCUAUAAAAUGAACUGAGUUCUCACCCUCUUGUCCUGCCUUAAACAAUUCAAUCUAUAUUUGUGGUUAAGAAUGAGCUCUAAGGCUGCAAUCCUAAGCAUAUUUGCUUAGAAAUAGGCUCUACAGUCAUCAAUUAGAUUUGCUUCUAAGUGAACAAGUUUAGGAUUGGGGUACAAGGCUGAUGGCAUACGCAAGCACAGCAAAGCUUUUGAAAAGCGCAAAAAUUAAAGUAUUUGCUAACUAAUAUGACCUUCUUAUGCUUGGGAUCAUGUUUGUAAUGCUGUUAGUGUUCUGUAGUCCAUUUCCAACUGGAGCUCAGACAAAUGUAUUGAAGGUCUUGUCUCUGUUUAGAAAACUUUACCCUGUUUAAAAAGCAUGAUCUGUUUGCAACUUUUAUAAUGUUUGUUGUUGUAACUUCUCCUUUUUUUAAAAAAAAAGAGGCACAAUUAAAACAUUGAUUUGUUUACUCUGUCACCCUUGAGCCCCAGCACUUCUGUUCAGAUACAAACUCAUCAAUGUAUGCAUCAUCCUUUGUAAUUGGAAAUAAAUUGUGAAGAGAAGUUCUGACA